AUGGGAGAUCGAAAAGAUGGAGAAAAUCAAGUCGAUAACUUGGCCACUAUGUUGCAAGACUUAGUGCAACGAAUGGACAACUUGUCUACACAAAUUGAUCAACGCAUGGAGACCUUAGCAAAUGAAGUUCAUCAAGUGAGAGAGGGCCAAAGUCAAUAUAGGGCUAAUGUAGUGCAUGGUAAUGCCCAACUACCACCACCAAGGAGGCAAUUGGGUGUUGAAAUAGGUGAAGAUGCUAUGAGGGAGCCUCGAGCUCCUUGGGCAGCCGCUAGCGGAGGUCCAUUAGAUCGUUUGAGAGAGCAAUUAGCUGGAGGAGAGACUUAUUUGGAUAACUUGCGUCCAAGGAGAUUUGGUGAUAGAGUUGAGCCAAAAGAUAAUAUCAAGUACAAGAUUCCUAAGUUUAAUGGGAGGGGUACUCCUAAAGAUUACUUGGAUUGGGAAUCAAAGUUGGACUUGUACUUCGACUACAAUCCUUUUGCAAAAACAAAAAAGGUACAAAUUGCUAUCCGUGAGUUUGUUGAGAAUGCAUUAAAUUGGUGGAAUCAGUUGGUACAAGCUAGGAGGGCUGAAGUUGAAGAAGCUCCACAAGCCACUAUGGCUAAGUUUCUUGCUGGAUUGAAUAGAGAGAUCCAUGACAUUGUUGAGAUGCAACAACAUUAUGAUCUAGAAGAGAUGUUACGAAAUGCAUUGAAGGCCAAAGAUUCAAUUGAGCAAUCAGAAACUUUGCGAGAGCUGAAUUUCAACUGUGAAUUGCAACCCCUUUGUAUUGACUAUCCAGCCAUGGAUAUGUCUUACAAAUUGAAGCCAGGAGUAAUCCGUAUGCUGCCGAUUUUUCAAGGAGAACAUCAUGAGAAUCCUCAUGAACAUCUGCAAAGUUUCUUUCUGAAGUGUGCCACAGUCACUGGGAUGCCUGAAGAAGACUUGAAACUUCGAACUUUUCCUGUCACAUUAGACGGAAAGGCAAAAGAAUGGUUCUUAAGACUACCACCCAAAUCCAUAAAAUCUUGGAAAGAGAUGGAAACAAUAUUUCUGAAUAAAUACUUUCCGGAAGCUAAGCGUGCUGAUGUCAGAAUAAAGAUCAACACUUGUCAACAAUUGAAAGGCGAAAAGUGGUACCAAUACUGGGAGAGAUAUAACCAGAUCUGCGCAAGUUGCCCCUACCACAACAUCAGCGAAACACUUUUGAUUCAACACUUUUAUGAUGACCUUAUUUAUGAAGAUCGCACCUAUGUCGACGCUGCCAGUGGAGGAGGACUUACAUUCAAAACCCCUGAAGAAGCAAGGAAGCUGCUCAACACUAUGGUAGAGAACAUACACCAAAUUGGUACAACCAAUGAAGCCGACGCAGCAAAGGAGUCUGAGAUAUCGGAAAUCCACAAGGAGCUAAAAGAGUUCGUAGAUGAAACCAAAUACACCAUAUCCUCAUUGACUGCUCAAUGUGGAAUUUUAACAAUGAUGUUUACUAAUUUCAUGAAUAUCCAAUCACAAGCUUAUGCUCAAAUUCCCCCAUAUGUGCCACAAGGACCUAUGAGAGGAAACAUACAAGGUCAUGGGAUCAAUGCCAUUGGAGAACUUCUAUAUCGAUACCCACAAGAGUUGGAAUCACAUGAUAUGCUAUUACAACCUACGAUAUCUUCACCUCCAGCACCUGUUUUCCCUGAUACAUCCUCACCAAUUGAUGAAUUCGACGAGCAAAUACAAGGAGAUAUGGAGACUUCAACCGAGAUCAAGAACGACUUACCUGCUGCAAUAAACGAUGAACAUCAACAAUCAGAAGAAGAAUGGAUGGAGGAGAUGCAAGCUAAGUAUGAUCCACUACCAUUCCCUCAAAGGUUUGCUCAACAACUCAAUUUACUUCGGAAAUUAGAGGUAAACAUUCCUUUAGUUGAUGAAAUAGUCAAAGUACCAAGUAUAGGGAAGAAUGAAGUAGGUAAUGCUAUGUGUGAAUAUGGAUCUUUGAUCAAUAUCAUGCCUUAUUCUGUUUAUAAGCAACUGAAAAUAGAACCUCUACUUGAAACUGAUCUUAUUAUCCAAUUUGCUGAUAGAACUAAUCAUAAACCUGAAGGAAGACCGCUUUUGAUUGCAGCAAGUAUGGAAUUCAACGCAAAAGAAGGAACAAUCACUAUGGAAUUCGAUGGGAAGCUUAUUGUAUUCAACAUAAGUGAAGCAAUGAAAGCCCCUACCGAAGUUCAUUCUAUCUAUUCCAUUGACACAAUUGGUACUUACUCAGAAGAAGUACAAGAACUCAAUCAAGAAGAUGAACUUGAGGUGAUCCUCACCAAAAGUUUACAUCAACAAGACGUUGAAGAAGUAGAAGUCGAGAUGCCAAAAGAGAUUGCAGAAACUGUCAGCGAACUAUCAUUCAACGAAGAGGUGGAGACGAUUUCUUACAUCAAUCUGGAGCCAACGCCCAAGCCGUUACCAUCCAUCAUUCAACCUUCAGAAGUCAAGCUGAAACCGCUUCCCGAAGGCCUGAAACAUGUUUUCCUUGGAGAUAAUGAUACCCUGCCUGUUGUUAUUUCAAAUAGUAAAUGGAUUAGCCCGGUCCAAGUAGUUCCAAAGAAGUCUGGAUUCAUGGUCGUAGAAAACAAGGACGGAGAGCUAGUUCCUCAAAGAUUGCAGAAUGGAUGGAGAGUAUACAUUGACUACAGAAAGCUGAACUCCACCACAAGAAAAGAUCACUUUCCGCUGCCAUUCAUUGAUCAGAUGCUGGAAAGAUUAGCUUGCAAGGCCUACUAUUGUUUUCUAGAUGGAUACUCGGGAUAUUUUCAAAUUCCACUUGCACCUGAAGAUCAAGAGAAGACCACGUUUACAUGCCCUUUCGGUACGUAUGCUUACACAAGAAUGCCUUUUGAUUUAUGGAAUGCACCUGCAACUUUUCAAAGGUGUAUUAUGAGCAUCUUUCAAGAUUAUGUGGGAGAUAAGAUGGAAGAUUUCAUGGACGAUUUCACAGUCUAUGGAGAUAACUUCAAUCAAUGUCUCAAUAAUCUAGAACUCAUCUUCAAAAGGUGUGUUGAAACCAAAUUGGUAUUGAAUGCCGAAAAAGGCCACUUCAUGGUAGAACAAGGUAUUGUUCUAGGCCAUGUAGUAUCCAAAGAGGGGAUGCAAGUCGAUAAAGCCAAAGUCGACGUUGUACAGAACCUGCCAUAUCCGACAUGUGUCAAAGAUAUUCGCUCUUUCUUAGGCCAUGCUGGAUUCUACCGAAGAUUUAACAAGGAUUUCUCAAAGAUCUCAGCGCCCAUGUGUAGAUUAUUACAGAAGGAUAUAGAGUUCGAAUUUGGAGACGAUUGCAAGGAAGCAUUCGAUAAGUUGAAGACUGCACUCACCACCACUCUAAUUGUGAAACCACCUGAUUCGAAACUACCGUUCGAAAUCAUGUGUGAUGCAAGUGACGUUACCAUUAGACCUGUUCUAGGUCAGAGAGUUGACAAGGUACCUCAUGUUAUCUAUUAUGCUUCAAGAACCCUAGAUGCUGCUCAAAAGAACUACACUGCCACAGAAAAAGAGAUGCUUGUCGUUGUCUUUGCUUUGGAAAAGUUUAGACCGUAUAUCCUAGGAUCUAAGGUGAUAAUCUACUCCGAUCAUGCUGCAUUGAGAUAUCUAAUGAAAAAGAAAGAAGCAAAAGCUAGGCUUAUGCGAUGGCUUUUGUUAUUCCAAGAGUUUGAUAUCAAAAUACGAAACAAGAAAGGAGCUGAGAAUGUUGUUGCCGAUCACCUAAGUAGAAUUGAAAGCAAAGAAGAGGAAAUCGCAAUCAAUGAAGUGGUGCCUUUUGAAGAAUUGUUAGUUGUUUCUCAACUUCCCUGGUAUGCUGAUAUUGUCAAUUACUUAGUUGUUCGUCGCCUACCUUCAGAUCUUAGCAGAGGACAAAAAUUGAAGAUCAUAAAAGUCUUCGAUGUAUGGGGAAUUGAUUUCAUGGGACCUUUUCCUCCCUUGGACAAGAAGUAUUACAUUUUCUUAGCCGUGGAUUAUGUUUCUAAAUGGGUUGAAGCUAUUGCUACGGAAAAAGAUGAUGCUAGGAUUGUGGUCAAAUUUUUGAAGAGUAAUAUUCUGCAUCGAUUUGGAAUACCAAGAUACCUCAUCAGUGACCGUGGAACUCAUUUUUGUAAUAAGAUUGUGCAAGCACUAGUUGAGAAAUAUGGAGUACACCAUAGGGUAUCUACUUCAUAUCAUCCUCAAACUAGUGGACAAGCUGAGAUAUCUAAUCGUCAAGUGAAGCUGAUUUUGGAAAAAACAGUCAAUGUUCAAAGAAAGGAUUGGAGUAUGCGACUAGGAGAUGCUUUAUGGGCCUAUCGUACAGCUUAUAAGACACCUCUAGGUAUGUCCCCAUACAGAAUUGUGUUUGGAAAACCAUGUCAUUUACCUGUGGAAUUAGAGCACAAAGCAUGGUGGGCAGUUAAGCAAUGCAAUCUUAAUUUUGACAAAGCUGGAAUUCAAAGGAUGUUACAAUUGCAAGAGCUUGAGGAAAUUAGGAAUGAAGCCUAUGAGAAUGCAAGAAUUUACAAGAAAAAAACUAAAGCUCUGCAUGAUCAAAGGAUAUUAAGAAGAACAUUCCAUGAAGGUCAGAAAGUUUUGUUAUUUACAAGUUCGAUCAAACAUCAUGGAAAAUUAAGAUCAAAAUGGGGAGGACCUUAUGAGAUAAUACAAGUAUACCCCAAUGGAUCAGUGGAAAUAGUUAAUCCAAUUAAAGGGAAUCAAUUUAAAGUUAAUGGGCAAAGACUCAAGCCUUACUUCGAACCAUUAACAAUAGCGUUGAUUGAAGAAAUUAAAUUGGAGGAUCCUAUUUAUCUUCCAAUUUAA